GGACGGACACAACCGUGGUCGUUUGUCUUUCUUCCCUCCCUCCCGCAAUCAGGCAAUCAGUGGCGAGAAGAAAUCGCGUCACCAGCGAACCCGAUCUGACCACAGCGAUGAGCUUCCGGGACGAGAGCGGCGGCGACGACGGCGGGGGCCGCACGUCGUCCGCCUCGGACCUGCGGAAGCCCUUCCUGCACACGGGGAGCUGGUACCGGAUGUCCGCCGCGGGCGGCGGCGGCGUCAUGGACCGCCUCGAGUCCUCCGCCUACGCGCUCCGCGACAGCUCCGUCUCCGCCGUGCUCUGCACGCUCAUCGUCGCGCUCGGACCCAUCCAGUUCGGAUUCACAUGCGGCUACUCCUCGCCCACGCAGGACGCAAUCAUCGCAGACCUCGGACUAUCCCUCUCCGAGUUCUCUAUAUUCGGAUCCCUGUCCAACGUCGGGGCCAUGGUGGGCGCCAUUGCCAGCGGGCAGAUCGCCGAGUACAUCGGCCGGAAGGGGUCUCUGAUGAUCGCCGCGAUCCCAAACAUCAUCGGGUGGCUUGCAAUAUCGUUUGCAAAUGAUUCUUCCUUUUUGUUCAUGGGCCGUUUGCUCGAAGGAUUUGGCGUCGGUGUAAUUUCCUAUGUGGUGCCAGUUUAUAUAGCAGAAAUAGCUCCACAAAACAUGAGAGGAGCUCUGGGUGCAGUGAAUCAGCUCUCUGUUACAAUUGGUAUAUUGCUUGCGUACACAUUAGGCAUGUUUGUUCCCUGGAGAAUACUUGCUGUUCUUGGAAUUUUACCUUGCUCAAUCCUGAUACCUGGAUUGUUCUUUAUUCCUGAAUCACCAAGGUGGUUGGCCAAAAUGGGAAAGAUGGAGGAUUUUGAAUCUUCGCUGCAGGUCCUGCGAGGAUUUGAGACUGACAUCUCAGCAGAAGUAAAUGAAAUAAAGAGAUCAGUUCAAUCAUCGAGGAGGAGGACAACGAUACAAUUUGCAGAUAUCAAGCAGAAGAGAUAUAGUGUUCCUCUUAUGAUAGGCAUUGGUCUCCUUGUACUUCAACAACUAAGUGGUGUCAAUGGGAUAUUUUUUUAUGCUGCAAGUAUCUUCAAAGCUGCUGGUAUUGAAAAUUUUAAUCUAGCAACAUGUGGUUUGGGAGCUGUUCAGGUGGUUGCUACUGGAGUAACAACCUGGUUGACUGACAAAGCUGGUCGACGGCUACUUCUCAUUAUUUCUACUACAGGAAUGACCAUCACUCUUCUCAUUGUUUCCGUGUCAUUUUUUGUGAAGGACAACAUAACGGAGGGUUCUCAUUUAUACUCUGUAAUGAGUAUGCUUUCACUGGCCGGACUUGUGGCAUUUGUGAUUGCAUUUUCUCUUGGCUUGGGAGCCAUCCCAUGGAUAAUAAUGUCUGAGAUUCUCCCUGUUAAUAUAAAGAGUCUUGCGGGAAGUGUCGCAACCCUCGCAAACUGGAUGACAGCGUGGCUCGUCACGAUGACAGCGAGCCUGAUGUUAAGCUGGAGCAACGGAGGAACAUUCGCUAUAUACGCCGCGGUGUGUAUGGGGUCCCUUCUUUUCGUGUGCCUGUGGGUGCCAGAGACCAAGGGAAGAACGCUAGAGGAGAUUGCGUUCUCUUUCCGCUGAAGCCCAGAAGGCACUAUUCCCAAGGUCUGGAUGUGGUAGACAUGCAGGCAUGGUUUUUGCAGGGAUUUGUAUCAUGUGUUGUGUAAUAGUAGUAGUGUAUCAGUGUUGUAUGUGCAAUAGAAUUUUGGGGGUGGAGUGCAGCAAGACAGUCACCCAGCCCCUUUGCAAGUCAGGAAGUGUGUAGGAGAAAGCAAGUUUUGUUGGUUACUUGGUCUCAUUAAGAAGUGCCCAGUAGAAUAAUUGAGUUGUAAUGCCCAAUAAUAAAUUUUGUUCAGAUA